AUGGAUAAAAAGAAUAAAGCGAAAUCAAAAACCAAACCGAAACGUUUGAAAUCAAACAAAGAGUCGAGCACAGCAUUGGAUGUGGACCUAUGGGAGUUUCAAGCCCGGGCAAUGCCGAAUGAUAGUCAAGCUCUUACCUAUUCGACUACAGCGGCCACUUGCGCCUACGCUUUUAUCGUAAUUAUUCACAUGAAUGCACAACGUUUGGAAAUCAUUGAAAAUUUCCGCCGACAAGCGACAUUCUUAAUUCAAAAUGAGGAUCGCUUCACCACCGUCGAACUGCCCGCCGGCGUCAAAAUGCCGAACAAUAGCAGUGCCACGACAACAGCUGCUACAAGUACCACACCCGCUAGCGCUAGCAGCAGCAGCAGCAAACCUGGUAAAUCGAUCAGCAUCAGUAUUGGCGGCGAUGGUGGUGGAGGGGAUGGUCCAGGUGGGCCUACUCCGUGUGAACCCAUUGAUGUGAUCACCUAUCCACCGAACACACCCACCACACCCGCAGCCAAAGUAGCCAUUGGCGGUGGCGAUUCUGGCGCUGCGCUCAUUGCACUUGACACAGGCGAGUCAAACGAACCGGAGCGUGGCAAUUGGACUGGACGCUUCGAUUUCUUACUCUCCCUACUCGGUUAUUCGGUGGGACUGGGAAAUGUGUGGCGCUUUCCCUAUCUGUGCUAUAACAAUGGCGGUGGCGCUUUUCUCAUACCCUUCACAAUAAUGUUAAUUAUCGCCGGUCUGCCGCUCAUGUUCAUGGAGCUAUCGUUCGGCCAGUAUGCCGCCUUGGGCCCAGUAGCAAUUUAUCGCCGCUUCUGCCCGCUGUUUCGUGGUCUCGGCGCUGGCAUGGUUAUCGUUUCGGCAAUUGUAAUGCUCUACUAUAAUUUGAUUAUUGCCUGGACAAUAUUCUAUAUGUGCGCCUCAUUUCGUCGUCAGUUGCCGUGGCAGAAUUGUGAGCCUGCUUGGAGCACUAAAAACUGUUUCUCCUACGAGAUGGCCGAUCAAUGUGAUGCCGUCAAUGGCACCUUCUACUUGAGAAAAUGUUACAAUAUUAGCUAUGCUGAGGAGCAUAACAUCACCGAAUUGGCGUUGCAUGCGUUGAAGCGUCCACCGGCUGAGGAGUAUUUCACCAAUCACGUACUCGGCUUAUCUUCGGGCAUUGAAGAAACUGGCGGUAUAAAAGUCGAACUCGCUGCCUGUCUUUUCGUUGCAUGGGCUAUAGUUUUUCUAUGCCUCUGCAAAGGCGUGCAAUCUUCGGGCAAAGUAGUCUACUUUACGGCGCUUUUUCCAUAUGUAGUAUUAGUUAUACUAUUCUUUAGAGGUGUAACUCUACCAGGCGCUAAAACGGGUAUAUUAUUUUACUUAACGCCUGAUUUCAAGCAGUUAGCUAAUGCACAGGUUUGGGGUGAUGCUGCCGUACAAAUAUUCUUUGCGCUCAGCCCCGCUUGGGGUGGUUUGAUCACCUUGUCUUCCUACAACAAAUUCUCUAACAACUGUUACAAAGACUCUUUGAUUGUGGCCAUUUGCAAUAUAGCCACCUCAUUUUUUGCCGGUUUGGUCAUCUUCUCGAUCAUCGGUUUUCUAGCACACGAAUUAGAGGUGGAAGUAAAGAAGGUGGUCGAUCAAGGGGCUGGCCUGGCGUUCAUUGUUUAUCCGGAGGUGGUGACACGUCUCCCAGUCUCGCCCGUGUGGUCGGUGCUAUUUUUCGUCAUGUUGCUUACGCUGGGACUGGACUCACAGUUCGCGCUCAUGGAAACAGUUACAACUGCCAUAUUGGAUAAAUUCCCUAAUUUACGACAAUACAAAACAUGGGUUGUGCUUUUUGUUGGAAUUUUCGGUUAUAUUGGUGGUCUCGGUUUUACCACGAAUAGCGGCAUGUAUUGGCUGCAGCUAAUGGAUAAGUAUGCUGCCAAUUGGUCCGUACUGCUUAUCGCCAUAUCUGAGUGUGUUCUAAUUGCUUGGAUAUACGGCUCUCAGCGUUUCUUAAACGAUAUACAGGGUAUGAUUGGUAAAAGAUCAAGGUUCUGGAAUAUUUUUUGGUCUACAAUGUGGCGUUAUAUCACGCCAGCAACACUGUUGUUCAUCCUCUUCUUCAACUGGGUCGAAUAUAAACCCGCCUCAUAUGGCCACUACGUCUACCCGUUGUGGGCCGAUGCGGUUGGUUGGUUCAUCGGUCUACUACCGGUACUCUUCAUUUUCCUAAUUGCCUUCCAACAAAUUUGCAAAGCACCUAAGCAACUCACAUUCAAGGAGCGUCUAAAACUUUUACUUCGUCCCACAGCCGAGUGGGGACCGGCUGGUAGACCAUGCGUCAAUUUGCAUGCCGAACGCUACGACAGCCAAAACUACGACGUCGUCGCCAAUACGCAAGUACUAAUUAAUGGCCUACCCGCUGAUGUGUCACCCUAUGAGGACAACAGCAAUGGAUAUCCAGCAACAAAGACAUCCACUGCUAUUGUGCGCAUGAGUGAUCACGUCGACGAUGGCAUAGGACUGCGAAUGAGCGGUAAUGGGUCAGGAAGUGGAGGAGGAGGUGGCGAUAGAAAAGGUAGCGGUGCAGCUGUAACGAUCAGGAACGGAAGUCAUUCUGACUAUGGCACCUCAGUAGCCAUCAAAACACCCGGCUCGGCUGGUACUACAAAGCUGCCCGGUCCCAGCAUACUGAAGACGUCAAAGAGUAAUCAGGCAGCCAGCAAUGGCCGUGCCAAAGGGCAGUCGCAGCCCGAAUCGAGUCCCAGCCGCCAACCGCUAAUAGAAGCGGAGCUCCGUGCCAACGAUAGUGUCGGCUCGUUCCUUAAUGAGGCAGCCGCAUUGGCACAGCGCAAAGCGCAAACGACGAAUGGCUAUGCUGGCGAGGCUGGUGAUAAAAUUACAAAAGUGACUGCCAGCAUUGUAUUGCCCACGAAAUCGGCAUUACCGACCACUACAGUGGCAUCGACAGGCGCUAGUGCCGCCACCACAGCAGCAACAACACAAGUGUUGGUCGCUGGCACAAUGAGCAGUGGCCGCGAGCGAAUGCUCACCACGUUUGGUGAACGUGGCGUAGUACCAGGUGCAGAAGCAGUUACUACAACAGCGACCAAAACGACGGCAGCAGCAACAACAACUUUUUCCGUAAGCGCACCGACAACAAAAGCGGCGACACCAACUGCGAAAAACUCUAAAUUGCCAGAUGGAACUAUAACAGAGACAGCAGCAGCAAUAAGAAAAACUAAGCAACCCACGGAGAUUGUGACAACAAAGCCGGCAGCAGCAGAAGCCGCGAAGGGGCUUACAACUACUAAGCCCGGUAUAAGUGCAACAACCACUUUAUCGGCGGUUGCUGCCCGGCCGGCGUCAAUUGUAACUACUGCCGUAACAGCAACAAUUACCAAGCCAAAGCUGGCGGCAACAGCAACGGCAGCAGCAACUACAGUUGCUGUAUCUGUAAAAAUGCCAAUUGUUGCAGCGACAAAAACUACAACAGCAACAACUACGGCAACAGUAGUACAGCCAGCGGCAAAAACAACUGCGACACAAAAAGUAACAACAACAACAGCAAUUACUUCACCGGCAGGGCAAAUGUCUAUCGCAAAACCGAGCAUCACAGCUGCAACAAUGGCGGCUGGAGCAACAGCAAUAACAAAUACUAAGCCUACAACAACAGUCACAAAAACACUUCCAGAAAGCAAAUCGUCAGCCACAACAACUGCUGCGAAGCCGCCAACAAUAGCUGCAACAACAAUAACAAGUAAAUUAUUACCAGCUAUCUCUGCUGCUCCUACUGCCGCACAAACGACUACACCACCCCCAACAACUACAACAAUAACUGCCAAAGUGGUCGCCACUGUUGCCAAAACUACAACAACAACACCAUUAUCAAUGGUCAAUAUAAAUUUAAUGUCAACAACAACAACUGUAGCACCAAAGCAAUCUGCAUCAGCCACAACUACAAUAACAACAACAGCACCUAAGCCAACAACUACGAAAUCGAGUGUUGCUAGCACUUCGCCAGCGGCUGUAACUAUUGCCCCCACCCUCGCCGCACAGCCUACGAAAGUUGCCGCCACGAAAGUGGUCAGCACAACUGCAAAUCCCAUCACCACGGCCAUGCAGAAGCCAACAGUGUUAACAGCAACCUUAAAGGCAGACGCCAAGUUGCCAGCGAUGGAGGCAGCAACAACAAAGGCGGCAACAUCGGCAGCAAUAACGUCGACAACAACAGCAGGCGCAGCAAAGACAGCAGUAGCAACAGCGCCAACAGCUGCUGCAGCCAAAACAGCAAAACCAGCAAUAGCAGUAGCAUCAGCAACAACAACAACACAACCGGUAACGGGAACUACAACAACAGCUGCAAAGCCGACAACAGCAGCAACAGCACCUACUAUAGCCAAGUCAAUAAUAGCAACAACUUCCACAAGUGUAUGA